CGCCAAUAAUUUUCUCGGUGCGGUUGAAUUAUUCGGGAGAAGUCAGGAGCAGCAUGCUGCUCUCUAAACUAGGCACCCUCUCACACAUGUCGUUCAGCAUGGACCUGCCGGCGAAGCUUCAGCAAGCCAGCGCGGAGAAGCAGUCGCUUGAGAAGCAGUACCGGCUGGGUCCGGUUCUCGGCAGUGGGGGAUUCGGUACCGUUUACUCGGCUGUUCGCCUCACUGAUGGUUUGCCGGUGGCAGUGAAACAUGUGAGCAAGGAUCGAGUGACUGAGUGGGGUUCUCUGUGCGGAGCUUUAGUUCCUUUAGAGAUUGUGCUCCUGAAGAAAGUGAGUGGGACCUUUGCUGGCGUGGUGCAGCUCUUGGAUUGGUGGGAGCAGGCGGAUGGCUGGUUUAUAGCGAUGGAGCACCCCAGGCCAUGUCAGGACCUGUUUGAUUACAUUACAGAGCGUGGCGCUCUUGAUGAGGAGGCAGCACGUGGCUUCUUUCUGCAGGUACUGGAGGCCAUACGUCACUGCUAUGCCUGUGGCGUUGUCCACCGUGAUAUUAAGGACGAGAACCUGCUGGUGGACCUGAAGACUGAGCAGGUCAAACUCAUUGACUUUGGCUCAGGGGCUGUUCUUAAAGACACUGUCUACACAGAGUUUGAUGGGACACGGGUGUACAGUCCUCCAGAGUGGAUCCGAUUCCAUCGAUACCAUGGACGACCAGCCACCGUCUGGUCACUCGGUGUGCUGCUGUAUGACAUGGUGUGUGGAGACAUCCCCUUUGAACAUGACAGGGAGAUCCUAACGGGACAGAUCUAUUUCAGGCGGAAAGUCUCCUCGGAGUGCCAGCAGCUGAUUAGCUGGUGUUUGUGCCAACAGCCAUCCGACCGGCCAACCCUGGAGCAGAUCUUCCUCCACCCUUGGGUGAUGGGCAGCAGGGCUCAGCGAACGGAUGAGGCAGCCAUCACACUUCAUGCUGUUAAAGAUAACACCUCCUGCUCCUCCUUGAAUCCAUCUUCCUCCUACUCCCCUUCCAGCCAGUAGAAUCGCAUGGUGGGCAUAGUUUGGACUUGACUGACAGCUGUCCUUCAGUGUCUAUGACUUCAUGUUGGUGAGAGUUGUUCACAGUUGUGGAUGAAGUUUGCUGCUGUGGCGCAGCUUUGUGCUGUGUUAAAAGUGCCUUGAAUUUGUUUAUUUAAAGCUGCUAUGGGGAAAGUGUCUUCAUUGGCAAAAACAGGACUGCAAAAGGAUAGAAUCUCUAGACGUUGAGCCAAUGAAAACAUUUUUGAACAUCUGGUUAAAUUCUGCUGUGUGGAGCCACAUCAGGGCAAUGGAACAUCUAAUCAUAAGGCUGCAGGGGAUUUUAAGUCUGCCAGAUAUAUCCAGUAAGCCUGCAGUGUAACACUCUUUAACCACAAAAAAAAAAAAACCCACAAUCAUCUGGACAGUUGGUUUUUCAGUUGAUUGGCUUUUUUUGUCGCAGGACUGAUUUUACUUAAAAUGUGUCCACAUCCAGUGUGCUUGACAGGGAAUACCUGCAGUCAACCUCAUCUGUUUGUCAGGGUAUAAAAUGCACAGUCAAUGCAAAUAUUGUGUUUUUUAUUUUGAAAACAUGCAUUUUUGUUAUAUGUAUAUACUUCUUUUGUAUGCAUUUAUUGUAUUUUGUAAGUUAUCUUCAUUAUCGUUUUUUAAAGUAUUUUAUUUGUUGACAUUUUGAAAUGUAGAAUCCUGGCAGGAAAAGUUUUUUUUCAUGGACAUUAUUCCAAUUAAACUUUUUUUUUUUUUUUUAAAUAUAAAAGCAGACAAUAUUGGUCUCAAUUCUUUUCACUAUACUACACAACUUUUCCCUGUCACAGGUGCCACCACCAGUAUUCUGACUCAGUCUUUC